ACGACGAUUCGGACGGAAGCACCAGGCCGGCGUUUGCUGCUAGCGGCUUUCGGGCUCACACGUGGGUGGUUUUCGGUGUUCCGGCUCUCAAUUCAUUCCUUUUGGCGUGGACAAGCCUCAUUGAAGGACAGAGCGGCCGCAAAGGCCAAGGGUCGUGAGCUGAUGAAUAUUGCUGUUGAAAAUGAAGAGACGUUGGGAGGAGGUCUGCCGAGUGGAGCGGAGGGGUCGCGGCUACGGCUCAAGUCCGGUAGGGAGAGAGUCGGGGGCACAGCCGAGACCGAGGCCGGCCGUGUAGAGGCGGGGAACGGAUUGACAGGAAUGGGGAAGACAGAGGAUAGAGAAGGAACUGGGCAAAGGGUAGAGGAAAUGCGAGUGGACCUAACGGUUGUGAAGCAAGAAGUUACGGACUGGUCAGAAAUGGAAGAAGGGACGCUCGAUGGCCGAUGGGUAAAGCAGGAGGUAGAGGAUGGACCUAAGGUGAAAGAGGAGAAACCAGGCACUUUGGAAGUGAAGCAAGAGAUGAAUAGUUUUGUGGUAAAAGAAGAGAAGGUGAACGAAACAGAUGUAAAGGAAGAGAAAGUGAAGGUGAAGGAAGAGGUAAUGGACUGGCUAGAUGUGAAGGAAGAGAAGAAAGCUACCAUGGAGAUAAAAGAGGAGGUGUUUGUUGGUCAGAACAUAAAAAAGGAGGAAAUGGUGGAUGAGAUGUGUGUAAAAGAAGAGAAGUAUUUUCCAAAAGAAGAAGUGAUGGAUGAUACAAAGAUGAAAGAAGAACCUCACAUAAAUCCCCCAGUGGGCUUCAAGCGGAAACUGGCCAUGUCCAGGUGUGAAACUUGUGGUACAGAAGAAGCAAAGUACAGAUGUCCACGUUGUAUGCGAUAUUCCUGCAGUUUGCCCUGUGUAAAGAAACACAAAGCAGAACUGACAUGUAAUGGAGUUCGAGAUAAAACUGCAUAUGUUUCCAUACAACAGUUUACUGAAAUGAAUCUGCUUAGUGAUUAUCGAUUUUUGGAAGAUGUGGCAAGAACAGCAGACCACAUUUCUAGAGAUGCUUUCUUAAAAAGACCAAUAAGCAAUAAACAUAUGUAUUUUAUGAAAAAUCGUGCUAGAAAACAAGGUAUUAAUUUAAAGCUUCUACCCAAUGGAUUCACAAAGAGGAAAGAAAAUUCAACAUUUUUUGAUAAGAAAAAACAGCAGUUUUGUUGGCAUGUGAAGCUCCAGUUUCCUCAGAGUCAAGCUGUGUACAUAGAAAAAAGAGUACCAGAUGAUAAAACUAUUAAUGAAAUCCUAAAACCUUACAUUGAUCCUGAAAAGGCUGAUCCUGUAAUUCGUCAAAGGUUGAAAGCCUACAUUCGCUCUCAGACUGGGGUCCAAAUUUUAAUGAAGGUUGAAUAUAUGCAGCAAAAUUUAGUAAGGUAUUACGAACUGGAUCCUUAUAAAAGUCUCCGUGACAGUUUGAGGAACAAAGUGAUCAUUGAGUAUCCAACAUUACAUGUGGUAUUAAAAGAAUCCAGUAAUGACAUGGAAGUUCUUCACCAAGUGUUGCUAUGGAAGAGCAUAUGGUUUUAUUUGGUGGAAAUGUGCAGAGAAAUUGAAGGAAGUCAUACGCGUGCACGGCAAAUACUGGAAUUAAGGAGGGCUCCUGACGAUAACUGGGAUACUGGUCCACCUGCUUGGGUGGUAACCCAGGAAGCAAGGGAAAGAGUCAGACAGCCAGAAGUUUAAUCCGAUCUGCCACUUGCUUGCCAGGUGACUUUGGGCAAGUUACUGGGCCCUGACUGACCUUUUUUUCUUCCCUGUCUCUGAAACAGAGAACAUUACCCUUACUGUGCAUUGCUCUUGCUGAGAGACAACAAGGUAACAGGUCAUGAGCACCAUAGUAACUGCUCAGUAAAUGGUAGCCACCAUUAGGGAGUGGUGAGGCAGUCGCAUUUAUGCCCCAAGGAUAUGGGUUCAGUCAUCAAGCUAUCUUUUGGUCUUUGAAGUUUGGAGCGCUUUGGGGAAGCCAGGGGUGUUCCGUGCUGGCCAAACUUGGUUUUGUGUACAUUUGUCAUCAGACUGGACAAUUGCUGAAAAAUGUAUACCUCAGCUGUCAAGGGAAUUAAAAGGUCACCCCCUGCAAGCAGUAAGGUCUUCCUGAGUCUCAGCAAGUUGACGACACCGUCGGGUGGAACAGUGCAGCCCUCUCAACAUGUGGUUUUGAACCCCACCCCCCACCUUCAUGUUGUCAGCGCUGGUCAGCAUAGGCCUCAGCACCUCUGAGAGAACAGAAGACUCGUCUCCCAAGUGCUCACACCUGCUACCUACCCUGAAUGAACCCUUUGGGAGGGAGGAUGAUUAUAAUUGUAAUGUUUCAAAGUCUUCCUUGAAAUAUUCAGGUUUAAUUCAUGUAGAUCAAAAUCUGCCAGGAAAAUGCUCCACAUGCACUUUGCAUAUGCAUUCUGGAAGAUUCACAGACCUGUUGAAAGGCUGCCUGCCACACCAUACCCCCAGCCCCUUUCUCGAGUACACGCACUAGAGGUUGGCAGAAGACGCUGAGAACCUGCACGAACCUUUAUCAAGUUACUGGAUCUAACUGGGCCUCUUGUUUUCUUAUCUGGAAAAUGAAGAUACUGGAUUAGGUGAUUGCCAAAGUCCUUCUAGACUCUAAAUGGCUGUGACAGUAUAUCAUUCAUGCGUCUUGAAUAGAAUACAAGAGGUUUCUUUCAGCAUUCUAGACUGUUGAUGUUCUAACCUACGUUAGGAAACGAUGAGAAAAAAGUCUGUAUCCUCCCUCAACCUGAGUGGUUCUAGUUUCUCUCAGCUCCUUGAAGGGCCUUCAAAAAGAAGCAUCUAAAAUACAGUGACUCACCCAUGCUUUUCAUGGGCAUGGGGCCUUGCCCCAAGCCGGGGACUCCACAGUUGGGCAAACUGUUCCUUGCCCUGUUAGGACAUGCGUAGGGCUGAUUGAAUGGACUUUUGUCCUUGCCUCUUUCUUAACACCUUCAUUAUGACUGAAGUCACUUUUUAAAAACGAAUAAAUGGUGGAAAAGGGAUGGGGGACCUAACCAAUUUUGUUUUUAAACUACACACCAUAAAACUUUGUCCUCAUUCUGUGUAUAAUUCAAUUGAAGUGUUUUUUUCUAACAAAAUUAAGGGACAUAUGUUCACUCAUUCAGUGUACAUAAUAGAAUGGCCAAGGUGUGUGUUUAGACAGGAAAUGUGUAAAUCUCGUUUUAUAUAUGUAUUAUUGCUAGAAUCCGAAAUGUGAAAAAAAGUGUCUGGCACAAAUGGAUACUGUACCAAUCACCUCAUUAGUGCAAUAAAUAUCGCCUCUCACA